AUGCCUAAUAUACAAGCCUACUGGAGCCGAGAAGCUAUGUCUAAAAACUCUAUGGCUUCUAAAGUAAUGACACGUAAUAGAUUUGAGCUGUUGCUACGUAUGUUGCAUUUUGCAGAUAAUCAGGAUAAUCCAGGAAAAAAUUUAGACCAAGGUCAUACUACACCCACAUCUGUAGUUAUGAGUCUUUUUGAGCCCAUACUAGAUUCGGGCCGCACUCUUGUAACAGACAACUGGUAUACAAGUGUAGAUUUGGCAAAAAGAUUGAUGGAUAGGCAAACAUAUUUGAUAGGCACAUUGCGAAAAAACAGACGAGGCCUUCCAAAAGACCUGGUCAACAAAAAACUUAAAUGUGGAGAGAUAGCCGCUCUCGAAAAUCAGGACGCAGGAAAGUCGUCGGCUGAUAUCUCUGAUCAGAUGACAGCUUAUCAGACACCUUUGCGUAGAACCUUUAAGUAG